UCACAUUAUCUAUCUGAGAAUCUGACUCUCUCUCCCUCGUCCUCCUCCCACCUAAAAUCUCCAAACUCGCACAGUCCACACCACUGUCACCUCAGCACAAAACAGGGUCUGUUCCGUCUACGUCUCUUUUUGUUUCGUUAGUUUCCAACAAUAGUAACACAACACAACACAGUUCAGUAAACCCUUCACAAUGACACAAGAAGAAGAAAAAGAGGAACACCUUCCCUCUCCUUCCACAACCACCCCUAAGAUCCCCAAGAAGCUCACCCUCGUCCCUCUAAUAUUCCUCAUCUACUUUGAGGUCGCCGGUGGGCCCUACGGUGAAGAGCCCGCCGUCCAAGCCGCCGGCCCACUCAUAGCCCUCCUGGGCUACCUCAUCUUCCCCUUCAUAUGGAGCGUCCCGGAAGCCCUCAUAACCGCCGAGCUCUCAACCACGUACCCGGGAAACGGCGGCUUCGUCUUGUGGGCCGAACGGGCCUUCGGGCCCUUCAUGGGCUCAAUGAUGGGCACAUGGAAGUUCCUCAGCGGCGUCAUCAACAUCGCAUCGUUCCCCGCCCUCUGCGUCGACUACAUCCAGAAGCUCUUCCCGGUCUUGUCAUCCGGCUGGCCCCGCCACGUGGCAGUCGUUGGGUCCACCCUUGUCCUCUCCUUUCUCAACUACACGGGUCUCACCAUCGUCGGAUACGCCGCCGUUUUGCUCGGUCUGGUUUCCCUCUUCCCCUUCGUUCUCUUAUCUCUCAUCGCCAUUCCCAAGAUUCAACCUCACAGGUGGCUCAGUUUGGGGCAGAAAGGAGUCUCGAGAAACUGGAAUUUAUAUUUCAACACACUUUUUUGGAACCUGAACUUUUGGGAUAGCGUUAGCACUUUGGCAGGGGAAGUUGAUAAGCCACACAAAACUUUCCCUUUGGCUCUUCUCGUUUCCGUUAUCUUCACCUGCGUUGCGUAUAUCAUUCCGUUGUUUGCGGUUAUUGGAGCUGUUUCCGUUGACCAGAGUCAAUGGGAAACAGGCUUCCAUGCCCAGGCUGCGGAGAUGAUUGCGGGGAAGUGGCUCAAGAUUUGGAUCGAGGUGGGCGCAGUGCUGUCAACAAUUGGGCUUUUCGAGGCCCAAUUGAGCAGCAGCGCUUUCCAGGUGCUUGGAAUGGCUGAGAUCGGGAUCAUUCCGAGAUUCUUCGGUGUUAGGUCUAAGUGGUUCAAUACUCCGUGGCUGGGGAUCUUGAUUUCAAUGGUGAUAGCACUUGCGGUUUCUUCCAUGGCUUUUACUGACAUUAUUAAUUCAGCUAAUUUAUUGUAUAGUUUGGGAAUGUUGUUGGAGUUCGCUUCUUUUCUUUGGCUUAGGUGGAAGUCACCGAAUCUGAAGAGGCCUUAUAAGAUACCAAUGAAGUUUCCGCUGCUGGUUCUUAUGUGUUUGGUUCCUUCAGGGUUUUUGGUACUCAUAAUGGUUAUCGCCACUAAGACUGUUUAUUUGGUCAGUGGUGUUAUGACUCUGGCCGGGAUUGGUUUCUUUUUCUUCAUAAAAUUAUGCAAAACAAAGAAGUGGGUUGAGUUCAGUCAUGGUCCAGCUGAAGAGGAAGAUUUGCCCCGGUAAAGCUUUUGAGCUGAAGAGAGCCGGCUGGAGAAGAAAGAAGUAGGAUGUACCGUACAGACUACUUGAGAUCGGAGCUUCGCUAUUUUAUGUCCUUGUUACCUGUUUAGAAAUUUCAUCAAAUGUCUCUAGUGAGCGAUAGGCUCAGACCUUGCCAAAUUCGAAACCAAAAGAUUUGUUAUUAUUUACAUUAUUAUCAAAAGUUGCUCCAGCAAUUUUUAUGAGCAA